AUGUCUGGAGAGAACAGGGCGUCGGGGGUGUGCCAGGUUCAAAGACCCGAUCCCAGGCGCCGCUGGAGCAGUCGGAGUACUCCCGGAGCUGCGGGAGUGAUCCAGGAGCAGUCAGGAGUGCUCCAGGAGCAGUCGGAGUACUCCAGGAGCUGCGGGAGUGCUCCAGGAGCAGUCAGAAGUGCUCCAAGAGCAGUCAGGAGUGCUCCAGGAGCAGUCAGGAGUGCUCCAGGAGCAGUCAGGAGAUACGAGCGCCCAACUGGCGCUCUGAGGCGAGGGGACUAG